UGCUGUAGACGCAAACGCAAAACCUUGCAAGACCUUGAUGCUCAUGUCUAGCGGAGGGGUGGAGAAGCGUGGAUCCGCUGCUACAGUGCGGGCGUGCGACCUAUGCCGCAGAAGAAAACGGAAAUGCAUUUGGUCGUCGGGUACCGAAGGCUGCACGCAUUGCGUCAACUUGAACGAGAAAUGCACUACUACGCAUAUUCGCAAACAGAGAGUUAAGCCGCAGAGAGGCAACCGUAUUGCCGAGUACGAGAAUCGAAUUCAAAGAUUGGAAUCACUACUGCAAGAGCGUAAUGCCGCCCAACCACAAAUCCACUGGCAACCAUUGCAUGCCGCAGACCCAGCUGUCUCAGUCUCGACGUGGGUCAAUGAUCUUCGCCAUGAAGUUGAGACUAUGCCAGGUCCCGAAGUUCCCGAUUUCGACCCUUUCGACCUAGACGCCAAUAUAGAUCUCCCUGGGAUCUCACCUCCAGAUGACUUGGCCGCGCUUAGUAUCCAUGACGCAACUCGAGAUGACUCUACUCUAAGCGCCUCAGUUUUACUUUCCCUGCCCGACAUCCAGCCCUCGACGGAGUUCCAAGAUGACGCUGCGUUCCUUCAGAGCACGGCGUUUGGGCCUGAAGCCAGCGUGGUUACUGAAUUUUAUCUGCCACCACCGCUACCUGCACAAACCGGGUGUGAUUGGUACCUCCCACCGCCCGAAAUGGGAACUUCGUUACUCGCCGAGUUUCUCACGGACUUUAACGCCGCUUGCCCCUUGUACCAGCCUCACGUUAUCGCCGAUCACCUUCGAGUCUGCUACGCCGGUCAUUCCGAUGGCUCUGUAGUCUCAUGGAUCAGUACUUAUGUCAUUUUUGGUCUUGCGCAUAUGCUUCGCGCAAUGAGCACUACUGGAACGCCGUAUGAUACUGACAUGGCGCGGUACUACCUUGCUCGAAUUUAUCGUGCUAUGAACAGUCUUCUUGUCUCGCCGCCGUCUUUAGGAUUAGUACAAUGUCUGCUCGGCGUAGCACUACUUAUCACGACUACUUCAUUCGGUGUCAACAUGUCAGAAGGUCACUUCGUCUCUACCGCGUUGCGCGUAGUUCACAACCUGGCUUAUCAAGACGACGAAACCUACGGAUCAGAUACAGUUCGAGAUGUCGAACAGGAACGCCGCGUCUUUUGGUUGGCUUUUAUCUACGAUACAAACACAAGUAUACUCACCAACUCUCCGACGACCCACCGCCAAGAGGACGUCAUAUAUUGCGUGCCGGAGCUCAAAACAACGGAGCAGCUUGGAACAGUCACAGCAGCGGAAGGCAGCUGGAGGGUCAACAUGUUCGUUCUGCGCGUAAAUCUGGCUGUACUACAAGCAGAAGCCAUCGAUCAAGUCCUCUCCGUGACCACUGAUAACAAGACACCCACAGACAUCGAUGCCGCAGCCGCGGUCGUGCUUUCACGUCUACAAGCAUUCCACAACCAUGACAUCUUCCAAUUUACCGCUGACCAACUUUUCCAACUGCUCUAUCGGUCGGAUAUUGUGCACACCAUUAGCCUGGAGGCAUCGUAUUUCGCAACCGUGUUCCGACUACAUGCUUUUGAGGCUUUCGAGAGGAACUCGCGUCUCAAUCCUUUUUCGCUGGACGGCUUGAGCAGAAUGGCGAAGGUGAAGCAGCAGAAGAGCUGUGCAGAGGCGAAGCGACUGUUGAGCCUCCUGCCCAUUGCAUCGCGGGGCGACGUGGGAAUGUAUUGGCAACUGCACCGCACUUUUCUGGCAGCUCUUGUCACGGUGCUCGCACACCACAUCAACAACCCCACGGUGGAAGCGCCUACAACUAUCGAGAUGCGGGGAUAUGGCCAUGUGUUGACUGACAUCGGGCACAUGGUACAGACUAGUGGCAAUGUGGACAUUGCACAAGCUAGAGAUGUGUGCAUGGGUCUAUACGUAAAGCUUCAAACGGGGUUGCAUGUAAAGUGGAUGCAAGGCAUGGUAGAAGGAAACGAGAAUAUUGCGCCAGCGAUAGUACAUAGAGUAGGUCGCGCUUAGAUGCCUCAAGGUUGUUUUGAGACGGAGUGUUUUGCGGACGGAAACAGCCCUUAAGGUAGAGGAUUGAGCCUCCAGUUGGGAUAAAUAGAUCGUCUUGUAUCUUAUCAGAUGCUCCUUCCGAUCCUUUCCGGGUCGGCCGCGAGUUAAGCCGAGCCGCAGGGCUUGGACGACCAAGAUUCUUUCAUCG